AUGGCGGCCUUGGGGUCCCCGGCGCGCACGUUGCGGGGUCUGCUGCGGGAGCUACGCUACUUGAGCGCAGCCACCGGCCGACCGUAUCGCGACACCGCGGCCUAUCGGUACCUCUUGAAGGCUUUCCGUGCACAUCGGGUCACCAGUGAAAAACUGUGUAGAGCCCAACAUGAGCUUCAUUUUCAAGCCGCCACCUACCUGUGCCUGCUGCGCAGCGUCCGGGAACACGUGGCCCUGCAUCGGGAGUUUCACGGCAAGGGCGAACGCUCAGUGGAGGAGUCUGCUGGCUUGGUGGGCCUCCACUUGCCGCGUCAGCCUGGAGGGAAGGGCUGGGAGCCAUGA